AUGGCUUUCCCCAAAUUCCUAAGACUUUUGGCUAUUCUUGUUGUAAUGUUUGCGGCCUUGGCUAUUUGUAGUCCAACCUCAAAUUUGAAUAAAAGACUCCAUGGUGCUGUCCUUCAUGUCCCAGCUCCAGGCUCCGGUCCGUGGGCUAUCAAAUCUAUCCAGAAUGUCAGUUGGUGGUGUAUUAAGUGUAGUUCAGCAGACUCGGUAAUUAUUGAAAUUAUCAAAAACGGUAGAAACGGUAAAACUGUCGUAUUUACCACAACGGGUGUAAAUGCCAAUUCCGGUACGAAGGACUUUGUAGUUGAUCCAAAGUGGGCUACUGUUGGUGAUAAAUUCUUUGUUAGAGUAACCGAUAAACAGCAUCCAAAUGUUUCUGGAAAGAGUUCGACAUUUACAGUUUUUAAAACUCAAGGAUAA